AUGCUAUACCAUAUAUGCGUGUUCGUAUGUCUUUCGACGAAAGCAUUGCACUUGGAACUUGUAUCUGACUUAACCAAAGACGCAUUUAUCGCAACCUUAAGGCGUUUCGUGUCCCGUCGAAGAAAACCAUCACAGAUAUACUCCGACAACGGAACAAGCUUUGUUGGAGGCAAUAACGAAUUGAUAGAGCUAGGAAAGUUUUUCGCGAAAGAAUGUAAAGAGCUAGGUGAAACGAUAGCGGACUUAGGAAUAUCAUGGCACUUCAUUCCUUCUUAUUCGCCUCAUUUCGGUGGUUUGUGGGAGGCAGGAGUAAAGGCAACUAAAUAUCACUUAAAGAGAGUAGCUGGGAGCGCGUUACUAACAUAUGAGGAACUUUGUACGUUUUUAACCCAAGUCGAAGCGUUAUUAAAUUCCCGACCAUUAACCCCCUUAUCCUCAGAUCCGCACGACCUCUCUCCUUUCACUCCGGCUCAUUUCCUGAUUGGGCGGACUUUCAAUUCAGUAGCUGAUCCAGAUUUGAGCCACUUACAGCAAUCAAGACUAUCUAACUGGCAAAGAAUCCAACAAUUGCAACAAAAUUGGAAACGCUGGAGCAAAGAAUACAUCUCCGAACUGCAGCAGAAAAUCAAAUGGAAGACGCCCUUUCCGGCCUUGGCAGUCAACACAUUGGUAUUGUUGAAGGAAGACCAUUUGCCACCUGCUAAAUGGAGACUUGGUCGCAUUAUAGAAGUCCACCCUGGAUCCGACGGCAUUCCCAGGGUUGCUUCCAUUAAGACAUCCACUGGAACCGUUCGUAGAGCCUUCAACAAACUCUGCCCUUUGCUACAGGAUGAAGCAGACGUUCACAUAUAG